GUCCGUCAGUCUGGGAAAUUGGAACUGGGCUAUAGGGGCAGGUGCGUUGGCAAGGCGGUGCGGGGAAAAAAAAAGCUUUCUUUCUGGGAUAUAAACUUUCGUUGACAUUUGGAAAGCCGUUAGGGAGGGCAGAACGUCUGAACUGUUCUGCAGAUCUGUACAAACGCAUUCACCUGUUAAGGCAAAACUAUAGAGGACAUGGAGCGAUCACCAUUCACCAGAGGGCAAUGGACAUCUCAGUCCCUGCGGAUUACUGCCAAAGAACUGUCUAUCGUUAAUAAAAGGGGAACAGCGGCUCUUAGGGAACGUUUUUCUAAGUAUCAGAAAGCAGCAGAGGAAGCAAGCAGUGAACGAAAGAAAGGGAACACUGAAAAUCUUCCCCCGACCCUGAGGAAAGGGACAUUGAGCAUCUUGAAAAAGAAGUGGGAAAUUCCAGAAAGUUCCACAGCACAACCAGUGCCUCCAAAGUCGCCUGUCAGAAUUAAUCGUGCAGAUUCCCGGGCUCAGAUUGCUGCUGUCAGCCCAAAAGCAGACUCCAGCUUUGUGCCUCUAAGUGAGUCGGAUCAGAAUUUGGAGACUACCACAAGAGUCAAGUCUCCCAGGAGCCCAGGGGUCUUGAGCAGAUUUCCUUAUCCUGGUACAGAGUGUGAAGGCCAGGCUGAGUUAAAGAUGGAAAAAAUGCUUUCUAAGGAGGGGAACGAAGUGGAGAAUGGAACAGCACAAGAUUUGACAAUCUCCCCUAAAAUUGAGAAGUUUAAUGUCCCACUGAACAGCUUGAAAAUGAUGUUUGAGAAGGGGGAUGCACAUAUUCCGCUUAAGCACAGACACCAUGAAAUCCCAGCAAAGCAGGCUAACAAAGAUCAGCAUCUCAAGUCUGAUGUUUCCAAAAAGUGGUUAGACAAGACUGCAGAAGGCAGUUGUUUGAUCGAAGACAUAGAGAGAAAAGCAAGGGAGGAAAACUCAAGUGGUUUUGACCAUACCUCGCCUGGAACAAGCCCUGAUAAAACAGAAUCUAAGGUUGGUACGAAGUUGGCAGAUAUGCAGGAACAGACAUCAGUGAAAGACAGAAUGGCAUUAUACCAGGCUACUGCAUCACAGAAGGAGACCAGCAUCCAAUCUCCUACAACUUUGGACGAGCAAAUGCUGUCUGGAGAAGUGAUCAAUACCAAAGAGCAAUGGGGAAUCAAAGACUCAUCAAAUCCGAAGAAGUUGCCACAGUGUGACAUAAGCACUAGUGACCUUGAAAUGAAUGCUGGCAAUAGGAAUGAACAAAAAGAAAAUGUGCCACCAGUACCUUUGACCAACACCUCUUCCCAUGCAGAACUGCAGAAGGAGUCUGUGAUUGAGACAUCGAAUCUUUGGAAAAGCUCUACUUACGAGAAACCAGGAAAUGGUCAAGUUAAUGUGGAAAAAGAAGAAGGGACGCCAAAGCUUUCAACUCAGGGUAGAGAUCAACAGAGAUCAACAGCAGAAAUACAAAGUAGUCCAGUCAAAUCUGUUAAGAAAUUUCAGCUUCCAGCCAGAGAGUUGUGUGUCACCUGCCAAAAGACUGUCUAUCCAAUGGAGCGCCUUGUUGCAAACCAGCAGGUGUUUCAUAAUUUCUGCUUCCGCUGCAGCCACUGCAACACUAAGCUGAGCAUUGGGAAUUUUGCUUCACUACAUGGGAAUGUGUACUGCAAACCACAUUUCAGCCAGCUCUUCAAAUCCAAAGGUAAUUAUGAUGAGGGAUUUGGUCAUAAGCCACACAAGGAGCUGUGGAUGGCCAAAACUGAGCCUGAUACUGCAGAACACAAGAAUGAAGUUGUCAUGGAUAAAUCUGAGGCCAAAACUGAGAAUUCUGGAGUAGAUGAACUUUCCAUACGCAAGGUAGGUGUUUUGGCUGCCAGCAUGGAAGCCUUAAAUACCAGUAAUUCACCAGAAAAGGCGGAAAAACCUGUUGAAACAAGAAAAUUAAAAAUAGCUUGGCCACCACCUACUGAAGCAGGUAGUAAAGGAAUCAGCUGUUCUGAAGAGAGCCUCCGAGUUAACAAACCAAAAUGGCCUCCAGAGGAUGAUUUCCAACACCUGACCAAGAGAAACUCCGAAUUCAGUGGUACCUCCAGACUGAGGCGAAGUGCUUCUCUGAAAGAACGAUGUCGACCGUUUACCAUUGCGGCACCGCUGAGACCUAUAGCCAUUAAAGAGCCAGGAAGAAAUCUGUCUGCUAAAAAUAUAACCCAGGAUGUGAUCACUAAAGAAAGAGAAGCUAAAAGAGAGACUGAACAACCGAAGAAUGAAAACCAGUCAAGUCUGGAUAAUGAGCAUGAGCAACCAGUGACUACCGAGCUCAAGGGCAUGAAAGAAGAUCCUGUGACUGAAGAGGUUGUAGAAGUCAAAAGCAACAAAGAGCUGCUUCAAGAUAAGGAUGUAGAAGAACUUCACUUCCGCAAAGAAGAGGCCAGAGAACCUAACUACUUGGAGUGUGAAGAGCAGCAAUCCAAACAAAAAACAGUUGAAUUGCAAACUUCCGGAGACACGCUUGCAUUAGAUGAGCACAUUCCAGAGAAUGAGACAAAACUGGAAGAUGUUGGUUUUUGGGAUGGGGAGGAAAAUGAAGUGGAGGAAACUGAGGAACUGUCCGUUGAAGAGCAAAUCAAGAGAAAUAGAUGUUAUGAAGAUGAGGAUUAGAUACUGUGGGUGACUUACAUGAUAUUUUAAUUGGUGAUUGGCCUUGUGGUUCAUAGGUGUCAGCAUCAGCUCCGAACUUCCUGUCGUAAAGUGGUUUAUUCUAAGUACCUGUAUUGAAUUGAGCUUUAUAUUGAAAAUAAACAUUAAUUAAAUUAGUUAUAUUGAGUGAGAAGCAAGAGCUUGCUAUUUUGUAGAUUUUUUAAAAAUUGCUUAAUGCACAUGUAUGUCUGAAAUGGUUCCUGAGUACACUUUGCAAUCCUUCUCAUUCUCAAGCACUAGAUAACCUCUGAAAAAGCUAGACUUUGCUUGGUUAGUUAGUUUCUUUUAUGUUGACAGUUAAAAGAACAAGUAUGGAAUCAUGGAAGGUAGUGAAGCACUAAUGCAAGGAAAUGUUUUUUCUAAUGCCAUUUUUGUGCAUCAUCCACUGUCUGGGCAGGGGAGAUUGAGUUUCAAAAGACUGUGUGCGCUUUUUAAAUAAAAAAAAAUUCUAAAAGUUAGAAAUGCCAUUCCACAUUGUAUUCAUACCACUCCUUUAAUGCUCCACCUGCCAAUGCUUAUCAUAUAAAAGAUGUAUUGAAUUUAUCAAGAAAUAAUGGAAGCAUUUAAGAACCAGAGUGUUUACACCUCAAAUGGUAGUGGAGCAGAAAAUGAUGCCCAGCUGUUUUCAACUUAAGGUAUCUUCUACCUUGUUGCCAUGCACUUGCCUACAUGUGAACCCAAGAAUGGAAGCUUAAUGAAGGCUAUGCUGUACUUGGUUCUGAGAUUUAAAAAGUUCAUUUGUUAGAAUUCAUUUGAUAACAAUUUAUUGGAUUAAGGAGGUUCAGCUGGCAAGAUAAGAUGGUCCCUCCAUUGCAGUAGCAGAGUGACAGAUUUAUCCUGAGUCUAACACACUCCCAUUUGCGUAGCUGCUAAGGUGAUCCAAAAGUCCGAGGGAAGAUUUGAUGCGUCAACCUUUUCUAGAAUUAUGUAAUCUUGUUGUUUCAAACAUUAGAAUAGUGUAAGUAAUCUCAGUAAAAUGAAAAUGGAAGCAUUAGAGUAACACCACUUUACAACAAUGUUAUGAGCUGUAAACCUGACUUUAGUCUUCAAACAUUGUAAAUUCCUACUUUUGGCUUUAUUCCUUACCCUUCGAUGCUAUUUUAGAAUUUCUUGUGUAUUACAGUAUGAUUUUAUGUGAAAUUGUCUUUACAUAUUGAUAGCACAUGAGAGACAAGAUGCUGCUGAAAAUAGUAAUUUGACUUGAUUAUAACAAUUUUAGAUGGGAUGGGUAAUAAAGAAUUGGGGUAUAAAUUUGUGCUAUGGUGUCUGGAACAAUGCAACUUUAAUCUUAACGUUAAAAACAAAAACACUGCACAAUACUGAAAUCUCUUCUCUGGUAGUGUUGGAUAUAUCACCUCUACAGCCUUCUGGCACCUGAUUUGGUCUAAGGUGAUUUAAGUAGCACAGGAAAAGUCAUUCUUUUUAUUGCAGCAGUCUUUAUAUUUAAAUCAUGUUUCUGUUUUUCUACAGUUAUGUGAUGACCCUGAUGGUCAAAUCAAUCAAUCUGUCUCAAAACUCCUCAUCUGUUAAGAUUUGUGCAGCCAAAAGAUAAAUUGAGAUGUUAACCCAUUAAUCCAGGUUAGAGUCCAACCCAAGUCCUAGCAAUAGGUGGAGAAAUUACUGCUGUGUCCCAUGAUCUCUUGUCCAUUGAUUCUUGUGCAAAGAAUCUAAGAGCAAUUUAGAAACGUGCAAAAUUAUUAAAUGCAGAGAAGUUAAUUAUGUAAUAAAAAGAAUUACUUGACCAA